ACCACCUCUAGUCCAGACAAUUGUUUCAACAUCAACUUCGCUGAAGCUGAUCCUUUUGUGCCUCGGUUCAAGGCCGGAUACUGCAUGGAGAUCAUGAGGUCAGCUGGGGUCCUCUGCAAGUCAUCAGCCGGUGGAAUAUUGCAACGUCAGCAGAUCAAUGAUCUAACCUCUUUUGUCGACGCUUCAAACGUCUACGGUUCUUCGGAAGCGCGUCUGGCGUUAUUGCGAGAAGGAACUACACCGUUUAUGAAGGUCACACAGGGUGCAGAUGGGUACCGCCUACCUGACGGUCCUGAUAACGUUUGCCGUUCAGACGCGGCCAAGGGUAUACACUGCAGUAUUGCUGGUGACGUACGAGUCAACGAAAUUCCGUCUCUUACGUCAUACCACAAUGUGUUUGUACUCGAACAUAAUCGUCUGGCGAAUGUACUUAGACAACAUUUUCCGGAUGGUGAGGAAGCAGUUCCAGCAGACGAGAAAACUCAUGAUCGGAAUCAUGCAAAAGAUUGUUUACGAUGAAUUUCUCCCUGCUUUCCUUUCACCGACUGCGAUGGAGAAAAAUGAACUUGCCAGUUCAAAGAGAUACAAAUACGAUUCACAGCUUGAUCCUACCACUGCCAACGUUUUUGGAAUAGCGUACCGUAUGGGCCACAGUUGGAUUCCCACGUUUAUGUCGGUGUUCACGAAGAACUUCCAGCCGUUCCGCGAGACACUUCUCAACCUGACGUUCUUUGAUCCCAGCAUGACCUAUAUACAGUCUGUGAUCGGAGGUCCAUCUGGAAUGCAGGGGCUGGCCUACGCGCUUUCUGCUCUCGAUAGUCAGAAAACUGACAGAGUCAUCGAAGACACUGUCCGCAACCAUCUAUUUGUCAACACGCCGAUAGCCGAUAAAUCCUUCGAUCUGGCAUCCCUGAACAUCCAGAGGGGUCGCGACCACGGACUACCCUCCUACAACGAGUUCCGGAAAUGGUGCGGACUGUCGUCAGUGAGUUCCUGGAAAUCCUCAUCACCUGGAGGCCUUGUUGAUCACACCCUUGAGACAAUCUACCUUCUUAAGGCUGCUGGUUACAGUUCGCCCCAAGACAUAGACUUUUUCGCCGGAGCCCUGAGCGAAAAACCCGUCUCUGGUGGAACCUUGGGUCCGACCAUGGAGUGUAUUAUAGGAGACCAGUUUCGAAGACUCAAGUUUGGAGACAGAUUCUUCUAUCAGAACAAGGACACAGGCUUUAAUAAAGAACAACAGGCCGCCAUUCAAAAUUACAGUCUGGCCUCCCUGCUGUGUCAGAACUACAAAUUCAACAAGAUCCACUUUCCAAACGUCUUCAAACAAGCUGACCCACUCAAGAGCUGCCAGCAGAUCGCCGAUAUUGACUUGCAGCCGUUCUGUGUGUCGUCCGCAGCCGGUCUCGGAAUCCCAAUAACGCAGACGGCACAAACGUCGCAGAAGAAGCAGACGUCUCACCAGACGCAGAAGUCGCUGCACACUAAGACGAUAAAAGUACAGAAUAGUAAUACAAAACGCAACUCCGAAAUCAAUAAUUGAGAAACUAUAGGCAGAACAUCAGUUAUGCUAUUUCGAAUGUGUGGUUAUUUAUUUACAUCUUUACUGAACAAUAUUUAUAUAGACAUGUGUUUAAUUUUGUAAAUUUAGAAGAACUUGUUGUAAGGGUGUAAAUGUAGACAUGUUUAAUAUCGUAAUGAUUAUUUUCGUAAUACAUAUCGACACUAGAUGCAAAAAAUAAAUAAAAUGAUAAAAGCAUG